AUGAAUCGGCUUCGCUUCACGGCACACAUCGAUUCGAUUAUUGAACUUUUCAACCGACGUCUGCUGAUGCCGCCAUCACCACCGCCGCCGGCAGCCGACGCCGUAAAUGAGCGCUUACGAACCUUCCGAAACGAUCAUUGGGAGUCAUCAAAUCAAUUUUUGAAGGGACCAUUCGACAGCAUUGAAGUCCUUAACUCCAAGUAUUAUUUUUAG